AUGGCCAUGCACAAGGGGCUGCCAUUCCAAGCAGAGCAGCUCUCCACGCAGUCUUUACCAAACCUUUUGCACAUCCGCGGCGGCGGCCCCGCGCUCUCCGACGCGGAGAAAAGCGCCGAGGACGGCGCGGACAGGGAUCCCAACGGGCUCAACGGCCACCUCAAGCUGGGCUUUGAGGAUGUGAUCGCGGAGCCGGAGUUAACGCACUCCUUCGACAAGGUCUGGAUCUGCAGCCACGCUCUCUUUGAGCUCAGCAAGUACCUGGUCUACAAGUUGGUGACGCUGCUCCUGGCCAUCCCGCUGGCCCUGGUUGCCGGGAUCAUCUUCGCAGCACUUAGCUGCCUGCACAUCUGGAUUGUGGUGCCCUUCGUGAAAACUUGUCUCAUGGUGUUGCCUUCAGUGCAGACUGUAUGGAAGAGCCUGACAGAUGUUUUUAUUGUACCAUUUUUUCAUAGCAUAGGCCGAUGCUUUGCCAUGGUUAAUAUACGCCUGGAUCGAGAGUAACUGUCAGGAAUGUGACAACUGUGAUGGCAUGUACUUGCAGAAGGUGUUAGACCUCUCUGUU